AGAUCAGUGCGUGGCGGGACGAGCUCCGGCGCGAUCUCAUGGCGGAAUGGCAGCAACGACUGUCGCAACCGAGGGCUGGGCUCGCUGUCAUCGCAGCGGUAAGUCCCCUCUUUGAGGAGUGGCUAGAGAGGCGCCACGGCGUCCUCACCUACCGCCUGACGCAGGUGCUUACCGGACAUGGGAGUUUCGGUAGGUUCCUGUUUCUUAUUGGGCGGGAGGAAACGCCCGGGUGUCAUCACUGCGAGGACCGCCCGGAGGACACGGUAGAACAUACGGUGGCGGUGUGCCCUGCGUGGGCUGAGUACCGCCAAGUCCUCAGGGAUGUGGUCGGCGACGGCGACCUCUCGCGCCCGGCACUGGUUCAGGCCAUGGUGCGGAGCGAGAGGGACUGGGAUGCCGUCUCCUCUUUCUGCGAAGCAGUCAUGCUAGCUAAGGAGGAGGCGGGGCGCGUGAGAGAACAAACCUCCUCACGCCCCAGCCGUCGCGAGAGACACUCCGGGCGUCGGGGAUCGCGGGACGAUCUCCGGCCACCGUAAGUGCGGGCCUGCGGGCGGCGAGUAAGGGUAGCUCACCGCCCGAACAGAACCAGACCCGUGCGUACGGCGCGUAGCGUUCCGCGCGCGCCUCAAAGAGCCAUCAGACCACCACAGAUGGGGCCCAGUAGGGCUGAUGCCUGAUCCGGAGCUGCGGACUACCUAGCGGGUUUACCGGGGCUCCGGCUCGAAAAGCAGGAGAAGGAACGGGGUGGUUUUUAGUCAGUAAGAGUCUGACACUCCCUCUCGCCUCGCCCAAGGUGGGAGAAGUCAUUGGAUGAUUUUCCCCCUGAAAAAAA